GCCCGCCAGUGGCGUCCGACGUUCUGCUCCUGCUGGUGGGGGAGACCUGGGACCGCACGCAGGUGGCGCUGAAGUGCGAUGCAAGCGUGGAUGGCCUGGGUGACAUAGCCGUGUCCCUGGGUCACUAUGACCCCUUCCUCUACUCGUCACUUCGUCUUGUGGUGAUGCCGGUGCUACCUGACAAAGCCUUCAAGGUGCGUUGGGCCCAAGAGGGCCUUGAGGUCGCGGAGUCGGAGCUGGAGAAGUUGGGCUUCGCGGAGCUCACCAGGUGCCAUCAGAGCGUCUUUCUGCAGGAGCGCUACCGCGUCUGUGGAGCCGGCCUGCUGGAGGAUCUGCCCGUGGCCAUCGCCCUGUCGCCCUGGAGCCGGGCGCCACAGCCGCGCAGUUUCGAGGCCGUGCUCCGCGCUGGACCGCCCUGGCCCGCCACGCCGCGGAAGCUCAAGAUCGACCACGGCGCCGUGGACG